GGAGCGGGAGCGGCCGCAGCGCGAUCGCAUCGUCCCCGCGGGGCAGCACCGGACACCGGGUACCGGCACCGGACACCGGGUAACGGACACCGGGGCACCCGACACCGGGCACGGCCACCGGCACCGGGCAUCGAACACCGGCACCGGGCAUCGAACACCGGGCGCGGGCACCGGACACCGGCACAGACACUGACACGGACACCGGCUCCGGCUCCGCCGCCUCCAGCGCGGCCCGGCCCGCUCCAGGAACAAUGGCAGAGCCAUUCCUUGUGGAGAGCCCCAACGUCACCUACAGCAAGGACUUCAUCGAGGCCAAGUACACGUACAGCACCGUGCACGUCUGCAAGGAGAACGGCGUCACCAAGGUGCGGCCGUGCUCCACCCGCUUCACCUUCCGCACGGCGCGGCAGGUCCCGCGCCUGGGGGUGAUGCUGGUGGGCUGGGGGGGCAACAACGGCACCACGGUGACGGCGGCGGUGCUGGCCAACAGGCUGGGGCUGUCCUGGAUGACCAAGACCGGGUGCAAGGUGGGUGUCCCCAGUGUGACCCCAGAAAGUGUGUGUGGGGGGGGUGUCCUCAGUGUGACCUCAGCGGGGUGGGUGUCCCCGGCUGGACCCUGUGAGACCUCAGCAAGAAAGGGCAGAGGGUCGGAGGAGAUCGGGGGGGGGGGGGGGGGGGGGACGGCCACCGUGGUGCUCUGGGCACCGGCACGGGGACGUACGUGCCUUCCGACAUUGAUGGUGCACCCCAACGACAUCAUCUUCGACGGCUGGGACAUCUCCUCGCUGAACAUGGCGGAGGCCAUGCGGCGGGCGGAGGGUGGAGGGGGGGACACGGGGACACGAGGGAGGUGUGACCACGGCGGUGGUGACACGUCCCCUCCUCGGCCGCGUCCCCAGGUGGAGCAGAUCCGCAGGGACAUCCGGGACUUCAAGGAGAUCACCGGGCUGGACAAAGUCAUCGUGCUGUGGACGGCCAACACCGAGCGGUUCUGUGACGUCGCGGGGCUCAACGACACGGCCGAGAACCUGCUGAGGGCCAUCGAGAAAGGCCUGGAGGUGUCCCCGUCCACGCUCUUCGCCGUGGCCAGCAUCCUGGAGGGCUGUGCCUACAUCAACGGCUCCCCCCAGAACACCUUCGUGCCGGGGGCCGUGGAAUUGGCCGCCCAGCGCCGCGUCUUCAUCGGCGGCGACGACUUCAAGUCGGGUCAGACCAAGCUCAAGUCGGUGCUGGUGGAUUUCCUGGUGGGCGCCGGGCUCAAGACCAAAUCCAUCGUGAGCUACAACCACCUGGGCAACAACGACGGGAAGAACCUCUCGGCGCCGCAGCAGUUCCGCUCCAAGGAGAUCUCCAAGAGCAACGUGGUGGACGACACGGUGCAGGCCAACCCCAUCCUCUACGGGCCCCAGGACAAGCCCGACCACUGCGUGGUGAUCAAGUACGUGCCCUACGUGGGGGACAGCAAGCGGGCGCUGGACGAGUACACGUCGGAGAUCAUGAUGGGCGGCACCAACACCAUCGUCAUCCACAACACCUGCGAGGACUCGCUGCUGGCCAGCCCCAUCAUCCUGGACCUGGCCAUCCUGACGGAGCUGUGCCAGCGCAUCACCUUCUGCACCGAGGCCGAUCCCGAAUUCCAGGGCUUCCACAGCGUCCUCUCCAUCCUCGCCUUCCUCUGCAAGGCCCCGCUGGUGCCCGAGGGCACCCCCGUGGUCAACGCGCUCUUCCGCCAGCGCAGCUGCAUCGAGAACAUCCUGAGGUACCCGGGGGUCCCCCCGUCCUCGUGGGCACCACGUCCCACCUGC